AAUGUUGGCUGAGAGACGAUGAGGAGUCAAGAAGAUGACGGCCUGUAAACGUCUCAAGUCAAGUGAUGGUACAUGUACACAAUAAACAAUGAAGAUGACACCCAGAAUUGAAUAGAUGUCAGUUGACCAACAUCAGACUUUCAUCUCUUCUGACCAUUGAUGACUACCUGUCUGUCACUGUCAGUCAGUUGGCCAGCCAGUGCAGUCCUACAAGCCAACUGAAUGUGAAACCCAACUGAGUAGUUUGGAACUAUAGCCUGAUGAACAAGCCAGUCAAUGCCUGACUGUCAGCCAGUACAUUGCGCUUCUGUCCACACUUUGGGAACAUCGCCUACUCCAGAGUUGAGAGUAGUUCAUAUUGAGAAUGAUAACCCAUUCAGCUGGGCUUAGACAGUGGAUUUCUGAAGAGAUUUCCAUAAGAGACAUCAGAACCUUCAUGGCAUCCUAGAUGAUGGCAACCUUUCAACAGUCCUGACUCACCCAGCCAGGGAGAAAGGCAGAUACAGCCAGCCUGCUACCAGCCAUCUUUGUCAAUCUACUGCAGAUAAACAAUCUCAUAUGAAGAAAAGAGCUACUACAAAGAACUACAAAGAGUGAGACACCAAAUCCUGUCACACAAGGCCAAUGGAUGGUUGGUGCAUUUUCACUGAGUUUGAAUGUGGUAGGAUUCUUAGGAAUCUAGUGCCAGAGAUGAAGCGGAAGCCACAACAAAGCCGGGGUUUCAUAAACACCACAUAAAGUUGGUGAUGGUACAUGUACACAAUAAACAAUGAAGAUGACACCCAGCUCACUCAUCACGUGGAGCCUUGCUUCAUUGACCAACCACCUCGCCUAGUCUGGUCACCAUGGCAACUGAACAGCCUCAGGCCCCGCCUCCAGCAGCCAUUGGUCGAGAUCGUUGCUUACCAAUUCCAAUCAGCAAUGAGCGUAGUCGAGGGCAACGCAAGACACCUGUCAGCUUUGUUGUUGUACCUGUCAGUGAUCUGGGUUACCCUGUUGGUUCACCAGGGAGUAGCAUCUGGGCUUACACACCAGGAAGCAGCGGUGACUGGAUCCCAAGUAGCAACUUAGAGGACAUCCCAGGCACAGCAGCUAACAGGAUGCCUAACUUCCCCCAUCAAGACACUGUCAAGAGAGGAUGGCUUCCAAAUGAACAAACACCUGUCAGCCGGUUUGGUGAGCAACAUGAGCCAAUGUCUGGCAUGCAUCAUAACAUGGCCAUGGGAGAUGGGGGAGGGGUGACAGCUCAUGGAAUGGCAGGAACGGUCUGGAACCCUGUAGCCACCAUGCAACUUCAUGGCACCAAUCUAAAGGUGUUGGGAGCAUCACAGAGCCAGUCAGUCAUGUGACAUGAGGACACCUCUCUGUCCAUUCCUAUAGAGGGCGCUGUUCGUCACAGCCGCAGCAUCCACAAGCGAUAGUUAAGUUAAUUAAUUUUUCUUCAAUGGCCAGUAGCCAUAGAGGGUGCCAUAAUGCUAUCUGGUUUGUUCACAGACAUAUAAACACAUAGACCACCAGUCGUGCGUGUGAAACCGUGAUUUAAUAAUUGGGCAAAAUGUUUGUUGACAGCGCGCAUAACUGCGAUGCCACUCAAUGUGCCAAUGCGCUUAGUACAGUACAUACAUUUAAAUACAGUUCAUAAAUUAUUUUGGUAAAGGCUGUAUUACUCAAAAGUUGUAUGAAAAUAUUGGAUACCGUAUUGUUUUUAAUCUCGGAUAUCGUAUUUUGUUCACAAGGGAUUUGUUAACAAUCAAAAACUAACUUCACAGGUUUUUUUUACAUGUUUGAUUGGAAUUCUUCAACCGUGUGUAAAAUCCCUAUUCAUAGAGGUGAAUUUCCCAAUAGUUUUGAUUUUAGUCGGGCGCUAGGCAAAUCACAAAAUGCUCAUGUAGUUUUGAAUAGGACCUGGCGGUCUAUGCAUUUAUAUGUCUGUGGGUUUGUUGCCUUACCUACCAAAAAAUUUAAUGUCAGGCCAAAAAAAAUAAUAGUCGGUCUCUGGUCAGUGCACGCGUCGAUUUUAAUAAUGCGCUUCAA